CUUUCUAAGUGCAAACAACCUUUUCAUCUAUGUGUUAAUGUCUUCUUCUGUUUAGAAUCAUUCUCUAUUCCUUAUUAAUUUAUUUUCCUUGAGAGCUAUGCUAUUUGUCAUAACCAAAUCUUUGCAUUAUCGCCGUUAGGUAGAUUAAUUGCGAAAACAGAAUGGUGUAGUGAAGUCACUUGCCAUAAUCUGCUGAAGAAAUAAGAUUGCAGGUUUUGAAGUAAGCUCUUGGUGAGUGGUAACCAAGAAUUGAUGCCUCUGCCAUCAAGUGUAGUAAUUUGGAUGUCAUAUUGAACUAAGUUACUCGUGUUUUACUACUCUUUAUGUUCGACGAUCAUGUAGAUCUACAGUCUUAAGUCUUAAACAUGUAAUGUUACCAAGAGCCAAGGCAAUCAGUAGAGAGCUAGAAACUGUGUAUUAGUUUUUCUCUUUUCUUGUUUUAAAGAAAGCGAUACAUUUGAUGUUCCGGUGAUUAUCUUGAUAAAGGAGGGUGCAAAGCUUGAUAUUAUGAUGGAUCUACCUUAGCUUUUAAUGCUAUUCUGCUUUCUUCCCACUGUAUUAUUUUGACCUGACACAUCAUACCUUACUUAUUUGCUUAACUCCCCGGUGAUGAUGCAUUCGUGCUGAUGUUGAAGUUCUCUUGUAUUUCUAGUGUCAGGUGGUUGUUCGAUGAAGUCUCACUACCUUGGUCAUAUUAUUCGUUAACAACACUUUAUUAUUUCCGUCUUUUGAUGGGCUGCUUUCACUCCACAAUCUCCAAAUACACCCCUGGUUACGAGGAGCCAACAGUGCUCGCUGCUGAGACAGCUUUUACGGUGAGUGAAGUUGAAGCAUUAUACGAGCUGUUUAAGAAAAUAAGCAGCUCUAUAAUUGAUGAUGGGCUCAUUCACAAGGAAGAGCUUCAGUUGGCACUUUUCAGGAACCAAAACAGAAGAAAUCUGUUUGCAGACAGGAUUUUUGAUCUCUUUGAUUACAAGCGCAACGGAGUGAUUGAGUUUGGAGAAUUUGUCAGAUCAUUGAGCGUGUUCCACCCAAAUGCACCAGUAGCCGAUAAAAUUGCAUUUGCAUUCCGAUUAUAUGAUCUAAGGCAAACUGGUUAUAUUGAGAGAGAAGAGCUGAAAGAGAUGGUUUUGGCACUGCUGCAUGAAUCGGACCUAGUUCUUUCAGAUGAUGUUGUCGAAAUGAUUAUAGAUAAGACAUUUAAUGAAGCAGAUAAAAAGGGUGAUGGGAAGAUAGAUCCAGAAGAGUGGAAGGAGUUUGCUUCAAAGAAUCCGUCUCUUCUAAAGAAUAUGACCCUUCCCUAUCUGAAGGACAUAACUUUAGCAUUUCCUAGUUUUGUGAUGAGCUCUGAGGUUGAAGAUUUGGAAGUCUAAGGCUCAUACUUAGCAGACACCGCGCAUAGGGGAAGGUCGUAUCAGGUAAUAUUCCACAGUGAUGAUGCAACAGAAAUGCGGAAGGGGUCAAGAAUCAGAAAGACAAGAGAUUUUGCAUUGAUUAUUUGGAAGUUGGCCGCACAAGAUUGAGCUUAAGAGGCAGAAGAAAAUCAGUUUUCUGCCAUCUUUAGACGCGAAGCAAUAUGUAGUACUUUAAGUUUCUAACUAGUCCGCUGGAGUUUGAAAGUAAGUUAGCACUGUUCAUAUUAUAGUUCUCCGAAAUUUUUGACAGGGUUGUUCCUACUUUUUCAAUUCUCAUGAGUAAUAAAUAAUCUUGGAAAACAACAUUUUCAGUGAUGAAGAUGCUAAAUUUUGGUAAAAAGAAUUAAUAAAGAUAUGAAAACUGUGACAUAUCUAGUAAUGUUAAUUUC